GACAGCUCUGAUCUCACUACCUGAGUAAAGCCAAUUCAAGGGCACUGGAGUCACACAGAGCACACAAGCCUGGGUACAGAGGAAUUUUACUGCCUCACUGACACAAACCAAAGUCACAGCCUUUCUCUGCCUCUGGAUUAUACUGACUCUGGUCUGACAAAGUAAUAUUCAGAGAUGGCUGAGGCGCAUCAAGCGGUGGGCUUCCAGUUCACCGUGCGCCCAGAUGGUGUCGACCUUAAACUGAGUCAAGAGGUCGUCAAAAACAUCUACCUGUCAGGAGUGACAGCAUGGAAGAAGCGAGCCAUACAAUUCAAGAAUGGUGUAUUGGCUGGAGUCUACCCUGCCAGUCCGUUUAGUUGGCUGAUUGUUGUGAUUGCAAUGAUGAGUACCUUGUAUAUCCGCAUAGACCCCUCUCUUGGAAUGAUUGAUGUCAUCAAAGAAAAUCUGCCGCACAGAGACUAUAUGUCAGUGCAGACCCGAGCGGUGCUGAGUGCCAUCCUGUUUGCAACUGGACUGUGGCUGUUCCUCAUCUAUCUCUUGAGAUACACUCUGAAAGGUCUACUGUCCUACCAUGGCUGGAUUUUUGAAUCCCAUGGAAAAAUGAGCUCAUCCACCAAAGUGUGGUUGAGCCUGGUGAAGAUGUUCUCUGGGCGCAGGCCACUACUUUACAGCUUCCAGGCCUCCUUACCCAGACUCCCUGUUCCCAGUGUGGUUGAUACAAUUCAGAGGUACCUUGAGUCAGUUCGUCCUCUGCUGGACAGUGAAAAGUACAAUCAAAUGGAGAUUUUGGCCAAUGCCUUUAAAGAUUCCGAGGCAGCCCAGCUCCAGAGAUAUUUAAUCAUAAAAUCCUGGUGGGCAACAAAUUACGUAAGUGAUUGGUGGGAAGAGUACAUCUACCUCAGGGGCAGGAGCCCUAUCAUGGUCAACAGUAACUUCUAUAUAAUGGACCUCUUGUACAUGACUCCAACACAUCGACAGGCUGCACGGGCAGGAAAUGUGGUCCAUGCCAUGCUGCAGUACAGACGCAAACUGGAGCGUGGUGAACAUGCACCGCUGAGGGCUUUGGGGACUGUUCCUAUGUGUUCCACUCAGAUGGAGAGGAUGUUUAACACCACCCGCAUCCCUGGCAUUGAAACAGAUAUUGUGCAGCACCUGACUGACCGUAAGCACCUGGUUGUCUACCAUAAGGGCCGGUUCUUCCAAUUGUGGUUGUACACUGGAGGACGCCACCUUUUACCCAGUGAACUUGAGACACAGUUUCAAAGGAUUCUCAAUGAUACAUCAGAGCCACAACCCGGGGAACUUAAAUUAGCUGCCCUGACUGCGGGAAACAGAGUUCCCUGGGCGCGGGCUCGGAUUAAAUAUUUCAGCCAGGGAGUGAACAAAGUGUCCCUGGAUGCCAUUGAGUCAGCUGCCUUCUUCCUGGCGUUAGAUGACGAACCACAGGGUUAUGACCCUGCAAAGACCAAUUCGCUUGACAGUUAUGCCAAGUCCCUGCUUCAUGGAAAAUGUUAUGACAGGUGGUUUGACAAGUCUUUCACCCUGAUUUCUUAUCCAAAUGGAAAAAUGGGUGUAAAUGUUGAACAUUCUUGGGCUGAUGCACCAAUUGUAGGACAUAUGUGGGAGUAUGUCCUUGCAACAGACUGCUUACAUCUCGGCUACACAGAGGAGGGACACUGCAAAGGAGAAUCGAACAAGGGCCUGCCUUAUCCCACUCGACUACAGUGGCAGAUUCCAAAGGAGUGCCAAGAAGUCAUUGAGACUUCAUACCUAUCAGCCAAACAGAUAGCUGAUGAUGUGGACUUCCAUGGCUAUGUGUUUGCUGACUUUGGAAAAGGCCUGAUCAAGAAGUGCAGGACCAGCCCUGAUGCCUUUAUUCAGCUGGCCCUGCAGUUGGCACAGUUCAGGGACAAGGGAGUGUUCUGCUUGACGUAUGAGUCAUCAAUGACUCGUAUGUUCAGAGAUGGUCGGACAGAGACAGUACGCUCCUGCACCUCUGAAGCUGUUGCAUUUGUCAGAGCCAUGGAGGAUGCAGGUGCAACGAAAACCCAGAGACUUGCCCUGUUUCGGAAGGCAGCAGAUAAGCAUCAAAACAUGUACCGCUUGGCCAUGACUGGUGCUGGUAUCGACCGUCACCUCUUCUGUCUCUACAUAGUGUCCAAAUAUCUUGGUGUUGACUCACCAUUUCUUACACAGGUGCUUUCAGAGCCGUGGAAGUUGUCCACCAGCCAGACCCCUCAGCAGCAGCUCAACUUAGUUGACAUCAACAAGUUCCCUAAAUAUGUGGGUGCAGGUGGUGGAUUUGGCCCAGUGGCUGAUGAUGGUUAUGGUGUAUCUUAUAUUAUUGUUGGGGAAAACCUCAUCACAUUCCACAUCUCCAGCAAAUUCUCCAGCCCUGACACAGACUCAUACCAGUUUGGUCAGCACAUUCAGAAGGCCAUGAUUGACAUCCAAGCACUUUUCAAGCCUGAAAAUGAUAAAAAGACAGUGGAGCACGCAAAGCAUGUGCAGCUGGAAAAUGGGAAAAAGCACAUAUAACUGUUGGAUGAUGAUCUAAUUUGACUCACAUAAUGUACUUGUGCUUCAUAUGUAGAAGGAAAACAACAUUCAACAGAUGUAUAGAUGGUUUAUUAAGUUCUUUACCAGUGACAGAUGCACUUUUCUGGUGGGUCAUAUUAUAGGAGCACGUCAUUCCACUCUGUCAGACACAAGGAAUAGUUGUUACUCCUCUAAUUUAUUACUAUUUAUAUUGUACUUUUCAGAGCUUCUUUGUUUUGGUGCAGAGGGAAAGACGUCAUCUUGAAUGAUGGGAUGUUUCGUUGUGCAAUGGUUGUUUCUCCCUCAAUGAAACUUUUGUCAGUAUGUGAAUAUGAAUCUUGUAAAUAUAUCUGCCUUAAGAAUUUGCUGUUUCAGAAUCAAAAUAACUUAUUAUAUGGCAGUGUUUAUGAAUUUGCUGUUUAUUCUAAGGCUUGUAAAGAAAAUAAAACAGAUGUACACAUUACAUACAGCUCAUCAUCAUUAGCUUUUGUGCAAUUAAUAAACAGUAGACAUACAGAUCA